AUCCCGCACCGCCCUCGUGUUUUGCAGCUUGAGUUUCGCGCAUGCGCAUUGGCAUGUAAAUAACAGCAGCGGCGGUUUGUUUUGUGUCGCGCAGACUCAUCAAAUACACAAAUAGCCGGCUUAUACUCACAGAGAACCUUAUUAUAUCUGCUACGUAUAUGAAAGUACGACUACAAUAAGAAUACAGCGUUACAUUAGCUGAAUAAACCGCGUGUUUUUACAGCUAGUGAAGUGUCAGUUAGCACACAGCUAUGAUAGAGACUAGCCGGAUGAGUUUGAGUUUGACACGUUUAUUACGGCAGAAUUAAUCAAAUACGACCUUCACUUGUUUUCUUACAUGUAAUAUUCUGAUUUAGACUUCAUAGAGCCGUUUUGAGUUGAACAUGUCGUGUUUAUGUGCGUGUUAAGCUGUUAGCAGAGGUGUGAGUGUAGCAUGACACAGCAGGCGGUUGAUCAGAGUGACAGAGCUGAACCAGGAGCUCAGUAAAACACUCAAACAUACAAGACCAUCAUCAUCAUUCACAGAAAUGCUCACAGAAAACAGGAAACGUCAGCGCGCUGAAGGCGAUGAUGAAGAUGCUCAGAUGCCUCAGGCCAAAAGGCUGAGUUCAGCCCUCCAGAGCUCUGAGACGGGCAGGGAAUCAUGGGAGUCUGAGUCUUCCAGCAGUGAGAGCAGCUGGAUCAGCAGUCCAGAUCACGUCGCCGGCAGCAGCAGCGGCAGCAGCCAUUGUGGAGUGGACGUCAUCGGGCCCCACGGCGUCCCCGGCCCCUGCAGUCCCCACAGUGCCUCCAAGCAGGACCUGCUGUCCUACCAGCACAUCAACCGCGUCCUGAGGGAAGCCCAUUUCCAUAGCUUACAGAGCCGAGCUCAGUCCAAGCACAGAUGACUUUCAGGGACCCACAAAACCCCGUAGCGACAGGGUAAAUCUUCAUCUCCAUCCUCAUUCAAACCUGUUCCUACUUUCUAGAUCUCUCUCCUAGAGCUCAUGUUAUGUUGAUAUGUCAUUGGAUGGAAAACAUGCCCUGGUACUGUAAGCUCUCUGACUAACUAGAGCACAAAAGUAUUCAUUGUAAGCAAUAACGGCUUGACUAUGAUGCAAACUUUUGUGACUUUCACACUGUGUAUUUUUCUUCUGAGAAUAAAGGAACAUUUUAGUGGGGAUUUGCACUUGGGAAUUUGUUGAUCAAAUAUUGAUGUGGACCAUAUAGCAAUGCAGCUGUGCACAUUUAGAUGGGAGGCAUAAACAUGCCAAAAUAUUCAGUUGAUUAGUGAACUCCAUUGCAGUGCUGUAACGAAUGCAUAAAGAAGCCAGUCGAUACACUCAAGGACUGAGCUGGUGUGCAGAUCUGGGUAAUUUCCUUACAAUCUUGACACAGUUCUGCAGGAUCUCUUGCCUCCCAACCAUCACUUAAAGCUGGUUGCUCAUCCAGGCGUCAGGCCUUCGAGACCCUGCCGAGGUUUUCUUGUGUGCUGUUCGAACUCAGAUUGCAUUUUAAAGAUUGUUGUUUAUUUUACUAUACCUUUUUGUAAUGAAAGAUGUACAUUACAUUUUACAUUCAGAUCAUCUACAUUUCUAAAUAAAGAUGGAUGUUCUUAAGCAAA